AUGGCUCAGGCACAGUCCGAAAGACAGCCUGUCCCAGACAGGACAUCCUUCUCCGCAAAAGACAGCGUGGACUAUAUCUGGAAGCACCUCGGACUCCCCGCCGAGUCGCUGGAGGCCCUCGACCUAAAAGGCAGCGGACCGGGCCUCCCCUCGUCCUUCAAGAUAGCCGACCUCGCGCAAGCAUCCAUCGGGCUCUCCGCCCUCCUCGCGGCGCAGAUAUACGCCCUCCGCACUGCCUCCCCAGUUCCCGCGGUGAGCGUGCCGCGCCAGCACGCCGUCAUUGAAUUCAAGUCCGAGAGACUGUACACGCUCGCGGGCCAACCCGUCCAAAACCUCUGGGGCCCCCUCAGCGGCCUCCACAAGACCUCCGACGGCCACGUCCGCGUCCACGAUGGCUUCCCCAACCACAGCAACGGCGCAAAAGUCCUACUAGGCUGCCCACCAGACGCCGACCGCCCCGCCGUCAGCGCCGCCAUCGCGCCCUGGCGCUCUGUCGACCUCGAAACCGCCGCCUUCGACUCCGGCUGCGUCAUCUCCGCCCUGAGAUCCUACGCCCAGUGGGACGUCACCCCGCAGGCCCGUGCCGUCGCCGACCUCCCCAUCCUCCUCCGCCGUAUCGGCGAUGCACCGCCAGGCCUGCCGCAGUCCAUGCGCAGCACACCGGCAGACAAGUGCCUCCGCGGACUACGCGUGCUCGAACUCUCCCGCGUCAUCGCCACCCCUCUCUCAGGGAAGACGCUCGCCGCGCAUGGCGCAGACGUCCUCUGGGUAACCUCCCCCAACCUUCCCGACCUGCCCCCCAUCGACCGGGAAUUCGGCCGCGGCAAGCGCACCAUCCAGAUCGAUCUCUCCUCGCCUGAAGGGGACGCAGAGCUCUGGCAGCUGCUUGACGACGCCCACGUGUUCGUACAGGGGUACCGGCCGGGAGCUCUCGCGGCGCGGGGAUUCUCAGAGCAGGCGCUGGCGGCGCGGGCGGCGCAGGCUGGCAAGGGGAUCAUCUGCGCGAAUCUGUCAGCGUAUGGUCCAACGGGUCCGUGGCGGGCGCACCGCGGCUUCGACUCGCUGGUGCAGACGUGUUCCGGGAUGAACGUGUCCGAGGCGGAGCACUACGGCGCUGGGGAGGCGGGGCGCGCGGCGCCGUGCCAGGUACUGGAUCAUGCGGCGGGGUAUUUCCUGGCGGCGGGGAUUGAGGCGGCGGUGUAUCGGCAGGCUGUUGAGGGGGGUUCGUGGGCGGUGGAUGUGUCGCUGGCGGGGGUGAUGAAGUAUCUGCGGUCGCUGGGGCAGUAUGAGGGGAGGACGGGGUUCGAGGGGCGGGAUUAUACGUGUCAGGCGGAUGUGCCAGGAGAGUACCUCGAGACGAGGCAGACGGGGUUCGGGGAGAUGACGUUUGUGAAGCAUUCUGCUGCGGUGGAGGGGGUUGAGGUGGGGUGGGAUGUUAUGCCGAAGCCUUUGGGGUCGGAUGAGAAGAGGUGGUUGUAG